CAUAAGUAGUCACCAGAUGGUAUGUCGAUUGCAAUGUGGUGGCAUCUGCUGAAACCAAAAUGGAAUAUAAGCGGUGACAUUUUAUUUACGAUUGUUCGCAUCUAAGAAGCCCUGGUCAGAGGUUUGUUACGCGAUAUAUGGUGCAGGCAAUAGGAAACACGAAUGGUCAGAAGAAUUGGUAGAAAACAGAAGAGAAAAAAAUUGUCAUAUUCAUGAAGUGAUGGCUGCGAAAGGUGGACCAGAAACAGAAGAUCAGCAGAAAUUACGGUUUCAGGUUGAACUGGAAUUUGUUCAGUGUUUGGCCAAUCCAAACUAUCUCAAUUUUCUAGCACAACGAGGUUAUUUCAAGGACCAAGUUUUCAUAAAUUAUCUGAAGUAUUUAUUGUACUGGAAGGAACCAGAAUAUGCACGUUACUUGAAGUAUCCAAUGUGUCUGUACUUCUUGGAUUUGCUGCAGUAUGAACAUUUCAGACGUGAAGUUGUAAGUGCACAGUGUACUAAGUUCAUAGAUGACCAGCAGAUCUUGUUAUGGCAGCAUUACACAAGGAGGAGGACACGGCUGUUACAGAGUCAGGCAGAGCAAGUCCCGAAUCAAAUUGCAGCCAACACUAAUGGUCAGAGCCAGCCACAGAAGACAUGACGGUGUUGGCUUAUUCUUUGUGAAUACCAAAUAUAUUAAAUAUGUCUUUUCACUGCUCCUUUCAAGCAUGACUUAUGGAAAGUUAUCUUGUAAUAUGAAGACUGUUGAAGUCUGCAAUUCUUCCUGUUAUCCUCUGAAUUACUAUUUAGCCCUUCAAAGUCAAAGGGUAACCAUAUUUUCUAUCUGCCUUAACAGUAAGUAAAACUACAUUUGUGCUUCUGGGUUUCAUAAGUUUUUCAGUGUAAACAACAAUCAUUUCUUUAAAUGACAUCAGCCAGUUGAUUUUGCAAUGAUGGAAUCUUGUGUUUUCUUUGAGGUACAGACUGAAUUCAUAAAUAUUGUUUAGAUGAGCUGUGGCUUCGGAAGGUUAAGUGUUUGAAAGACGUUCUAAAAUAUUUCGUAUUGCAAGGUAAUUUCUUUCUUUAUCAUAACUAUCAUGAUUUAUUAAUUUAUUUAUAGGCUACAUUAAUGUCCAGUUAAGUUUCACAAAUGUGAGUUAUUAAAUUUUAACCUCAAAAUUUAGAAAUUAAUAUCUAGCCUAAAUGGAAAAUGGGAUUUUUAGGUUCAUAUAUCAAAUGGUAUGUUAAUUAUUCUCGUGGAAACAAGUUACUGUUUUUCAUGUUAUGUUUUUGAUAAAUAAUCAGUGAUUGAUUGAUGAAUCAGCUAAUUGUGAAUGAGACUUUCGUUAAAUGUAUGAUCGAGGAAGGGUUCAAGGUUGUUCGCGAUGUAUGUAUUGAGCUUGCCCAAACAUAAGAUCCUGCCCAAGGUCUGAUGUGUGCCCUACUGAGUUGAUAAGUGCUGGAUACCUUACUUCAAGAAUUCCACAGCUUGCUGCUGGAAAAAUUCACAAAGUACUUGUUUUAUUUGUCUGAGCAACGGUGAAACAGAAAUAUUUCGUUGCUGUAAAUGAACUUCUUUCAUAAUGUGGGUUUAUUUGGAGUUGAAGAUUUCUGGGUUGUUGCACUGUGUAGUAUGGUUGAUGUUUACAUUUCAGACAUCAUACUACCUCCAUCAUCAGGGCGAUUCAUUCUCACCGCUGUAAAAACCUCAAAUCUUACUUAUUUGGAGUUGUUGGUACAUAUAUUUUGCAGCCUGCAUGCCUUGCACUGUGAAGUGCUUUAUAUAAACAUGCUUGUUUAUAUUCCAUAUUUAAAAUUUGUCAUACUGGAUGUGAACCUAUGUUCAUGUGAAUGUGAUUUGUAAUAAUGAUGAACUUGUUAGGUUAGGUUUGUAUGUGAAUUCGUAUUUGUAAGUCCACUGAUGAAUGUAUGUCGUAAUAUUCAAGGUAAUAAAUGAUCUGAUGAAUUAAUUCAUUUGAA